AUGUCAGAUAUGAAUGAGUGGUUCACCGAUCACUUGCUAAAACGCCUUCAUUCAUCAUUCCAACCUCAACUCCACGGUGGCGCCGUCGCCAUCUCCUCUCUCCUCGCGGCGUUUCCCCACGCGCAGGCGCGUACUCUCUACGCUAGCAGUAACCUACCCUUCUUGUCGCUUUUCACUUCCACAUUCCACAUGGGUUUCGUCCGUUAA